AGAAUGAGAAAAAAAGUGGCGCAAGUUUAGAGGUAAACUGGUUACAAAUGAUCCCCACCUGAGUAUGUACAACAUACAAUAUACACACUCACACCGAGUGAGUUUUGGUAUUCAUGACUACGUUCUCUUCAUCCACAAGUCAGUAGUAUUUCACCGCUCACUGAGAUAUGUAGAACACGCGAAACUUUCUUCACCGAUUUAACGCCCACGCAUUCGGACCAAAACAGAAAUCAAAAGGGAAACAAAACAAAAUACCGGAGCAUGUCCCAAACGCUGUGAGUGAGUGAACUACGAAGACACUAAUCCAAUUGCAUUUACUACACAUCUUCAAGAUGACCACAAUGAAUCAAAGCAAUGGAUCAUCCAGUUUUGAAAUUGCUCAAAGCAAUCAGGAUCUGAUAAUUUCGAAGGGCAAACGGAAAAAGCGCGUCUGGAUCGUUGCUGGCCUAAUUGUCCUUAUUGCUUGUGCGAUUGCCGUCGCAGCCUUUAUACUAUUGAAGCAGGAGGGUAAAGGAAAUACACUUGGCUUGAGCCGAAAUAUUCCAGCUAUAACGCUCGAAGAUUUUCUUGAGGGGAAACUUGGCCCCCACAGUUUCAAUGCCACAUGGAUUUCCGGGAAUGACUUAAUCUACAGGGAUCUACUUGGCAGCAUUGUGAAAUACAAUGUGGUGAAAAGAUCAAUAACCGAACUGUUACCAUCGUCGAGUAAAAUUCUCUUGACCGCGUUUGAUUACGAAAUUUCCCCGGACCAUAGAUAUCUUCUAAUUGCACAUGAUUACCAGAAACUAUAUAGACACAGUUACGUGGCCCAAUAUACGAUUGUCGAUUUGGAAACUGGAGGGACUAAUCCAGUAUUGGCUAACAAUGAGCACGUCCUGCAGUACGCCACUUGGGGACCUAUUGAGAAUUCUAUAAUCUAUGUUGCUCGCUACAAUAUCUUCUAUCGUGCUACAGCUGAACUGGAAGAUUACCGGGUUGUAACUACAGACGGUUUGCACGGUCACAUAUACAAUGGUAUUCCAGAUUGGGUUUACGAAGAAGAAGUGUUCAGUUCGAACAAGGCUGUUUGGUUCUCGCCGGAUGGGAAGAAAUUGGCGUAUGCAAAGUUCAAUGAUUCCAUUGUUCCUAUUAUGAGUAUUCCAGUUUACGGUCAACCUGGAAACUUAGAUUUCCAAUAUCCAAAAGGUGUGCAAAUUCGAUAUCCCAAGCCUGGAACGAAGAAUCCAGAUGUAUCAUUACAUGUGGUGGAUUUCACGGGAAAUAUUGAAGACAUUGAACUGGAAGCGCCUAAAAAAUUUAGCGAACCGAUUUUGGCUGCGGUUUCAUGGGCCUCUCAAGACGUCGUGUGUGCCAUCUGGAUGAACAGAAUACAGAACGAGGCGGAUAUAGUGAUCUACUACACCAACACUAAACCACCUAAAUCUGAAACGGUAAAGCAAAUUAAAGAGCCUCGCGGUUGGUUGGAGCUGUUCACGGCUCCAAAAUUCUCUAAAGACGGUGGUAGAAUGAUUCUCAUUUUAUCACAAACGCAAAGUGAUGCCGCCGGUUCCUUCAGACAUAUUACUAUGCUUCCAAGGAACGUUGAUGCUCAACCUGAAGCAAUUACAAAGGGAAACUUCGUGGUCACCGAAAUACUGUCUUGGGAUGAAGAUAACGAAAUAAUUUACUAUUUAGCUAAUACAGAACAUGAUCCUGGAAUGCAACACGUAUAUUCUAUUUCUUUGAAAACCAGAGUGGUUAAAUGCAUGAGUUGCGGUGUUAGGAAAGUGUCCGGCGCUAGAAGUGAAUGUCUUUACAAUUCAGCGAUAUUCAGUAAAGAUAAAUCGCACUACGUACUUCAAUGCUUGGGACCUGGAAUACCAGAAGUCUCAGUCUUCAACACUACAAACCAGAGAUUGGUUACUUGGGAAGAAAACGAGGAAUUGACAGAGUUAGUGAAUGAUAAAGCGAUUCCAAUUAUUAAACGUUUUUCAUUCAAUGUCGCUGGAGGAUUUAAAGCGCAAGUCAGCUUGAAGCUUCCUCCUAACAUGGAUAUGAGCGGUAGUACUAAAUAUCCAAUGCUUGUCAAUGUAUAUGGUGGUCCUGAUUCUUAUCAGAUAAUUGAAAGAUUUGGAUUAGACUGGGGAAGUUAUUUAGCGGCCAACAAGAGUAUUAUCUAUGCUUUAAUAGAUGCUAGAGGAUCGGGAUUGAAGGGUGAUAAUAUGUUGUUCUCGGUUUAUAGGCAGUUGGGUACUGUUGAGAUUAUUGAUCAGAUUAAUGUGACUAGACAAAUACAAGAAGCUUUACCUUAUGUGGAUAGCAGUAGGACGGCAAUUUGGGGUUGGAGUUAUGGAGGAUACGCUGCUGGUAUGGCGUUGGCCAAUGAUUCUGGCAAUGUUUUCAAAUGCGGCAUUUCCGUUGCCCCAGUUACAGAUUGGGCACUCUAUGAUUCCAUUUAUACUGAAAGAUUCAUGGAUAUCCCAGCAAGAAACACGAAAGGUUAUGUUAACGCACAAUUAUUGAAUAAGUACGAAGGAUUGAGGAACAAACAAUAUUACCUGGUUCAUGGAACAUUGGACGACAACGUUCAUUAUCAACAGUCUAUGCUUUGGUCAAGAGUACUCGAAGAAAGGGACAUCAUGUUCAGGCAGCAAAGUUACACCGACGAAGAUCACGGCUUGGGAUCGGUGCGACCGCAUUUAUAUCAUUCACUUGAAAAUUUCCUGGAUGAAUGUUUUGUUGUAGAAAAAUAAUUUAUUAUCUCCCAUUUCCUUUA